AUGUCUCGUACAGAAGUUCAGAUCCCUAAGCUCCCGGGGUUUGGAUUCUCCCAUCAUGUUGGCAAAAGCGACUUCCGCAAGGCAUCUCGUUUCGGAUACAAGGAUGGUCAGUGCAUUUACACUCCGCGCGAGGAGCAAGAGCAAGCCAAGUUACUUGGCGAUCGACCACUGACCAACACCCGACACCCUUUCGAAAUGUCCUCGUCUGAGUGGAUGGCUAGCAAGAAUCCUUUGCAAUCAGAAAGUUCCUUCACCCCCAGAUAUGCUCUUCUCGACAAGAAGGUGCUGCGCUACUAUGGUGUUUAUGUGGAUACCGUUGAUCCCUCUGUCAUCGGAAGUGCUCCGCUUGAUGCCCAGGUGAGAGACAACAACUUUGUGCAUGAGUGCACCAUUCUCUACUACCUCGAAGAUGGCACCAUGCAAGUCGGCGAGAAGAGGCAAGACAACAGCGGUAUGAUGCAGGGUCAAGUGGUGAAAAGAACGCACGUUCCCAAGCCCAUUUACAAUGAGGAAGGAUGGAUUCUUCCGAAUCCCAAUGAGGCUCCUAACGGCACAGCGAGCUUGCUCAACGAUUCAUCUUCAAGCCUGUCCUCGUUCUACACUCCUGAUGACUUUGAGAUUGGAGGAGAAAUCAACAUCUUUGGGAGGUUGUUCUACAUCUUCGAUUGUGAUCAGUUCACCAGAGAUUAUCACGAUCAAGUCUUGGGCCGCCCCAUCGAACCGGCCGUAAUCCAUACAGCAAGGCAGAAUGCCCCCAAGGACAAGUACAUAGCGCAUGUUACUAGGCAGAAGACGGCAAAGAUGGAGCUCGCUCACCGUCAUACAGCCUUUGCAGCCAGUGGAAUCAUCAAGGAGGAGGAUCAUGGGGCUUAUCUCAAGUUCUUGCAGUGGGAUACCAAGGUGCUCAGAUUUUAUUGCGUGUGGGAUGACAGACAGACCAUGUACGGCGACCAAAGGAAGUUUGUGAUUCGUUACUACUUAGCGAACGACACGAUGGACAUGGUGGAAGACAAAGUCGCCAACAGCGGGAGGGUGACGGGCAACUUCCUCAAGCGAGGCCGAGUGCCCAAGAAAACGCCAGCAAGCAUUGUGGGGACGGGAGAUGUCCACACGGGCGACUACUAUACACCAGCUGACCUGAUGGUGGGAGAUACCAUCACCAUCUACAACAGGAUCUUCUUCAUCUAUGGCUGUGAUGAGUUCACAAGGAGAUAUUACGCACAAAACUUUGGGAUUUCAGACAUGCCCGAGUAUGACGUCGAGCACGAGCAGCAGCCUCAGGCCAUCGUUAGAGCGCCAGUUCCUCCAUACACAGGGUUUGGAACGCAGGAAGACUCUUUCGGCUCUGUUCUCUACCUGGUACCAAAACCGCCGCACAAGUCGUUCCAGAAGAUGUUGGAUAAUGAGAAGAAGCGAUUGAGGUUUCGAGCGAGGUUGGCAAAGCCCAAGGACUCGCUGGACGAGCAGAGGAGGUUUAUCAUCACCUACUUCAUGGGGGAUGAUUCCAUCUCUGUCUAUGAGGAGACGAUCAACAACAGCGGGAGGGUAGGAGGCAAGUUCCUUGAGAGAAGCAAGAUAGCCAAGCCUGAUCCCGAGCUCGGCUCAUCCAACCUGGAAUACUACGAGAUUCAGGACAUGAUUAUCGACACCGUCGUGACCUUUAACUGCCAUGAGUUCUACCUGAUGGAGAUUGACGAGUACAGCCGCAAGAUCUUGUUGAAAAUGUUUCCGGGGCGAGAGGACUUGGUGAAGAAGUAG